AUGAUUGGUCAUAGAUUGGGGCCUGUUUCAACGAUAUUUUUUGAUACCGUUAGGAAAUUACAAAUAGCUCGAAAUCUUGACACCGAUAUAUGCUACAAAACACGAACUUUAUUAGAAGAAAAUGGUAAACUCGAAGAUAUCAAUGAGGAAAAAAAUGCGUUGCGUUUUAGUACCGAAGAUGAAAACCUAGGAAAAGCGGUUACUGAUAACACCAAGACAGCAUUUUACAACAUGAAACCCGUUGCUAUGCCAAUUUUAGGAGUAACCUCUGAAAAAUUUGAUGAAAUGGUUGAAACGUGUGCUAAAGAGUUGGAAGAUAAUAAAAGUUAUCACGAAGUAGUUCGUGUUUAUGGGCGUAAGAAGGGAACAGUUUGA